CCGGACGGGCGUUUUGUGUCGAUUGCAUCUGUUGCCGGUAACUCUAUUGCCGGUAGUUUUGUGCAAUCGGAAAAGCAGGUUUAAAAUUUCUAUUGCACUAUUAGAUAUUCACAUCUACUGCAUUGAACCCGUAUUUCCAUUUCUUAAUUAAAGAUACUUUGAUCAUCACCUUCAGAUCUGGAUUUCAACAGUUUCAAUUAUCCACCACUGUCCCAAUCUACAGGUAUGGCUCCUCACAAAGAAUCAGAUGUCAGCUCUAAAGGAGAAAAGAGUAUUUUUAGAAUUGCUCCUUACAAGUAUAUGCAUGUGUUAGACCAAACAACAAACAUUACCAGAGUUGAAAUUGGACCAAAGACUUAUAUUCGACAAGAAAAUGAGCGAGUUCUGCUUGGACCAGAUGAUAUGAUAAUUAUUCCUCCAUGUCAUUAUUGUACUAUUCGUAAUCCUGUUGUUAGAAAUGCAGAAAAUGCCUUGGUAUAUGAUAAAGUUGGCCAGAUAAAAUUGAAACAUGGAGAUUUGGAAGUGAGAUUAGAGCAAGAACCAUUUCCACUAUAUCCUGGAGAAAUUAUUGAUAUGCCAGUAACUCCUUUGACUGUUGUAUCAGCUAACAGUGCUUUAAGGUUAACCGCAAUUCGAGAUUUUGAAGAUGGAGAUAUCAAUAGAACUGCUGGAGAUGAAUGGUUAUUUGAAGGCCCAGCCACCUUUAUUCCUCGUAAAGAAGUUGAGGUUUUAGAAACUAUUUUUGCUACUGUGAUUAAUCCUAAUCAAGCCCUUAGAUUGCGUGCAAAAGCUGAAACCAAAGACAGAGAUGGUAAAGAAAGAGUAACUGGAGAAGAGUGGAUAGUCAAGAAAACUGGAGCUUAUUUGCCUGGAGCUUAUGAAGAAAUAGUUGAUGUUGUCAAUGCCCAUGUUUUAACUGAAAAAGAAGCUGUUCAUGUUAAAGCAAAGAAAACAUUUGUUGAUGAAUUUGGCAAGACAAGAAAAAAUGGAGAAGAAUGGCUAAUAACCUUAAAUGAUACUGAAACUUACAUUCCAGGGGUUUAUGAAGAUGUUUUAGGAAUCAUAAAAAUUACAACCCUUUCAAAUCGUCAGUAUUGUGUUAUUCUGGAUCCUGUGGGAGAAGAUGGCAAACCUCAGCUUGGAAGGAAGAAGUUAAUCAAGGGUGAGAAAUCAUUUUUCUUGCAACCUGGUGAAAAGCUAGAAGCAGGAAUCCAAGAUGUAUAUGUUUUAAGUGAAACUGAAGGUCUCAUUUUAAAAGCAAGAGAGCAAUUCCAAGAUACUAGUGAAACACCUCCAGUUACUCGCAAUCCUGGAGAUCGCUGGAUGAUCAAAGGGCCUACUGAAUACAUUCCACCUACUGAAGUAGAAAUAAUUAUUAAACGAUAUGCUAUUGCUUUAGAUGAUAAUGAAGGGAUAUAUGUGAGAAAUAUUAAGUCUGGUCAUAUACGGCUUAUAUCUGGUUCAACAUACAUGCUUAAUCAGGAUGAAGAAUUGUGGGUUAAGGAGCUUCCACAACAAGUAGAAGAGCUUUUAAAUCAGGGGCAUGACCCUUUAAGUGAUCGAGGCUCUUGGAGAAUGGCAAGAGGUGUUGCUGCUGCACAAGUAAAGCAGAAAACUAGGUCAGAAGAAGAUGGUGCUAAGGCAAUUACUCUGAGAGUUCCUCAUAAUGCUGCUGUGCAGAUAUAUGAUUAUAAGCAAAAGAGAUCUAGAGUUAUAUUCGGUCCUGACCUUGUAAUGCUAGCUCCUGAUGAACAAUUCACUCAACUAAGCUUAUCUGGGGAUAAACCAAAGAGACCCAAUGUUAUCAAAACUCUUUGCUUGCUUCUGGGACCUGAUUUUUGUACAGAUAUCAUAACAGUUGAGACUGCAGACCAUGCUCGACUUUCCCUGCAGUUGUCCUAUAAUUGGUACUUUGAUGUUGGUGACAAAAGCCCUGAGGCAGCUGCUAAAUUAUUCAGUGUCCCUGAUUUCAUUGGAGAUCUGUGUAAAGCAGUAGCUUCCAGAAUUCGUGGUACUGUAGCUGGAACAAAUUUUGAUGAUUUUCAUAAGAACUCUGCAAAAAUUAUCCGCACAGCAGUUUUUGGUCUAGAUGAAAACAAGAAGGUUAGAAAAACCUUCAAUUUCCCACAAAAUAAUUUAAACAUCACCAGUGUUGAUAUUCAGAGUGUUGAGCCAGUGGAUCAGCGUACUAGAGAUUCAUUGCAGAAGUCAGUUCAGCUUGCAAUAGAGAUCACCACUCAAAGUCAGGAAGCUACUGCUAGACAUGAAGCUGAAAGGAGGGAACAGGAAGCUCGUGGACGACUGGAGCGCCAGAAAAUAUCUGAUGAAGUUGAAGCAGAGAAAGAAAGAAAGAGUUUGCUUGAGUUGAAAGUGAGUAGUAUGGCAAUAGAGAACUGUGGCCAAGCUAAAGCAGAAGCAUUAAGUCGGGCUGAGGCCCAAAGAAUUGAAGCUGAAGCUGCUGUUGAACAAGCAAGGUCUAAAGCAGAAGCUAUGAAGAUUGAAGCUGAAACUGAGUUGGAACGUCUUCACAAAGCUAGAAACGAGGAAUUGCGCUAUUUUAAAGAACAAAAUGCUUUGGAGGUUGAAAAAUUGAAACAAGUUGCUGAAAUUGAAGUCAGUAAAUUUAAGAACCUUGUAGAGAGUCUUGGUAGAGAAACCAUUCAAUCUGUGGCUUCUGCUGGGCAGGAGUUCCAGGUUAAACUUCUCCAAGGUCUUGGAAUUCAAUCUGCAUUGAUCACUGAUGGCAAUACCCCUAUUAAUCUUUUCAACACUGCACAAGGCUUUCUUGGUGGUGCAUUGAUGCCACCUUCUAAGAGACAGAGAAAGGAUAGUGAUGAAUCAUAAGAAGUCCCUUUUUGAAAGCAAAGAUGAUUCUCAUAAUUUUCUUUAUGCAUAUUGCACCCUAUUUUAUAACAAUAAGCAUGGUUGAGGCUUGUCUCAUCUGCGCAAGAAUUAAUUUUUGAUUAGAAGCUUUAAAUGUUUUAUAAUAUUCCUUGUGAUUAUUAUGUGUUAGUGCAUUUCAGUAUUCACAAGGUUUUUCAAAAUCAGUAUUAAUUGAAUGAAAGAGUUUGUUCAAUGUAAAUGAAGGUGCAAUUAAUUUGAAUCUUAAGUUGACUAUCUUAAACAGAUAUUGAAAAAUCUCACGUUUUGUUCAGAGUACUUUUAUUUUGAAAUAAGCUGCUUUUUGUUUUACUGGCUGCAAUCUUAACAGCAUCUGGCAAGGUAUCUAAAUAAAGCCACAGUGUUCUUUUUAAAAAAUUAUUUAUAAAAAAUUUUUAGUUUUGGCUGCAUCAUAUAUAUAUAUAUAAUAUUCUUAAUAUGUGUAUGAAUACAAUCAAAAGAAAGGAGAAACUGGAUUUUCUCCUUAAAGUUCAUCUUGUUAACAUAUAUUGUCUUAAAUAAGCUUAAUUACGUUUGGUGCUUGAAAUCAUCGUUCCUAAUUUUAAUUAUUAAUUUUUUCGUAUUGAAGCUUAUAAAGCUUUUUCUUAUCUAAUCAUGUAAACAGGUACAUCUUAAAGUUUGUUGAUUUUCAUGCAUUUUUUAUUUUUGUUAUUCCUAGAUUUUUUAAAAAUAACUUUAUAGUAUUUGUAUAGUGCCUUUUAUAAAUUCUUGGAAAGUGCCAGAUAAAGUUAUUGUCAGGAACAUUGUGAUGUACUUAUUGAUAUACAGUAGAAAGAGCUUCUUAAACAUUUGCCAUUUAAGAUCUCCAAAUAUGUAAACAGUUUGGUAAUUAACAUUUACUUUUAAAAAUGUUCCAUGAAAUAAGUCCACUUAUAGCUUUCUGAAUUAUGUAUCCUUGCUUAAAUAAUUUGACUAAAGUUUAAAAAAUAUCAAAGAAUUUAAUAUUUCAUUCCAGAUUAGCAAUCAUAGUUUAAGAAGUUCUAAUUUAUGUAUAUAUACUGUUAACAAUAUUGUUGUGAUUUUAUCUUGAUAUUGGCUAUAUAAAUGCUAAUUAGGUAUUUGAAAUAUUUUUAUCUACUUAUUAAAACUAAUGAAUUUAUGCUGUUAUUGUAUACUGUUAUAAUUUGUUGUUUUUGCUUUGAUAUUUAGCUUUGUGAUAUUAAUUUUUAGAAGUGCCUUAUAUGUUUGGUUCCAAAGCAUAGCACGCCACAUUUGAAAUUCGUGCACUAGUCAGAAAAUAUAUUUGAAUUUAUUAUAAAUUUGUUACAAAUAUAUUAAAAAUAUUUAUGGAUCAAAAAUUACCUAUUACUUCACUUAUUCUUCCUAUUUUCUGAGUUUUGUUCACAUUCAUAACAAUUUGUGCAACAAUAUAUUGUCAUUAAAAACACUGGGGAAAUAGAGAAGGUUUUUUUUUUUUUUUUGUUAUAUUUUUAAUAUUUUUUUUUUCUGUGUUAUAGCCCAGUUAUAGCUAUAGUUUUUUAUUCUUAAAAUUUUCAACUGAAUAUUGGUGAAUAUUGCUAAAAAAUUUGUUAUCUGUUAACCAAUUAAAUACAACCAUUUAUGUGCUUUAUAUAUACAAAAAAAAAUUUCAAGAUUUUUUUAGAAAUGAAAUUUAUUUUUAGGUCAUAUUUUUUAUUCAUCUGUUACCAUCUUUUAUAUCAAAUGCUUCAGUUGAUAUAAUAUGAAUUUAUUGAUUUUGAAAAAUAUAUUUAUUACAUUUAUGAAUUCAUUCUAGAUACAAUUGGUUAAGUAGUGACAUAUUUUAUCUAAUCUUUAUACAGUAAUAAAUUAAUCUAUCUUUUAAUGAAAUAUCGAGC